AUGCGAAACAAGAAGAGGAGCGACCGUCUUUGUGAUUGCAUCCCUUACGGGAAAAUUGAACCGAAAAAACUGGAACGUCUUCAAAAGAAUCGUCAGAGACAAAUGUGUUCCUGGCGAGACAUUGCGCCAUUUAGUGAACGCCAGGAAGAAGAGGUCACAGUACGUCCAAAUAACUCAGUCAACCGACUCCUUUUCCCGCCGAUUUAUGAACUUCCGAGCAUAACAAACCCCGAAGCUUACAGGGGUAUGUGCAACACUGGGAACAGAGAGCUGACAUCGAAUGAGGUACAUAUGACUAACAGUGGCCGUGCUGUUGAAGACUAUAAGGGCAAACCAUAUCGCCAUGAUUGCUCUUUAGCGCUUAAAAGCCACAGACAAGAGGAGGAGGAGGACAGAUUCGCUAACAGUGGGUGCAGCGAGCUUGGAAACAAGACGGAUUCACAGUCUCUAAAAUUAAAGUUACCCAAGUUGACUGGUUUAAACGUUGUAAAUCAAAGACUUUCGUAA